AUGGACACCCAGCAGCACCGAGUGGCGCUCCAUGUCUACGACCUCUCCAAUGGCCUCGCUGCCCGCGUCUCGGAAGCCUUGUGUGGCUUCCUGGUGGAAGGCAUCUGGCAUACGGGCAUUGUGGUGUACAACAAAGAAUACUUUUACGGCAACGGGAUCCAGGCCAUGCAUCCGUCGCAGACUCCGUAUGGCGACCCUGUCAAGGUCCACCAGCUCGGCUUUACUUCCAUCCAGGAGCCGCUCUUCCUCGAGUUUGUCCACGAGUUCUUGCUCGGCUCGGCCGCGGCCGUGCCCGAGUACAUCACCUCACUCCCCGGCGACAUCAUGGCAACGCCACUCGGGGAGAUGAUCCGCCCCAUGAUCGACCGCAUGAUGCCGGCGACGGCCGCGACUGCGACCAUGCUUGCACUCAAAGAAGCUGGUCUUCGCGCCAUCACCCGCCGCUCGCAGCUUGUCAAUCUACGUGCCGAGCCGACCGACCUUGUCGUCGCCUCGACGAUUACCAACGAGGACAUUGCCCGUAUGUCGCAGGUCGUCCUUCCCGCCCUAGCCGACCUCGCCGCUGCACCAGGCGUCGACAUCGUCACCCGCAUCGUCCGCGCCCUCACCGGUCAUGACUGCUCCGACCCGACCGCCAGGCUCGUCCUCGACGACUCGGCUGCUGAGCUCAUGACCGCAUUCACAUCCCUCCUCCCACACGCGCCCGAGUCGAUCUGGUUUGCCCUCAUCGACAUGUUGCGCCACACCGCCGGCACAAUUGCCGGCUUUGCCACCGUCGUCAUUCAGCUUCCGAGCUCGCCGCUCUUUGAUCUCAUCCAGCUGGUCCUCUCCACCUAUUCGUUUACCCGCAACGCACUGGCCCUCCGCCACCUCCGGUCCGCGCGGCUUGCGCUCGCUGUCCUAGUCCGCGACGUCCUUGCCGCCGUCCCGCUCGCUAUCUCGCGCAAGGCGCGCCGCACUGCUCUUCACGACUUCUCGGUCAUUGCUCCUUUCAUCUCGCAGCUCAUUGCCGACGCCCACGACCCCCUCCGGCUCGCCGGCGCCGACAUUCUCGUCAACUACGCGGUCGUCACCACACUCUUCCGGCCCAGUAGCGACGUGACACCCACCCUUGUGGCUCUCGCCGAGGAGAACGCCAUCGAGAUCAUGAAGCUCGCAAUGUCGUCGUUCCACGUUGAGACCCACGACGACAUUGCGCUUCGUCGUCUUCUCGCCUUUGGACGAGCUGCCAUCCUCUCGCCGCGCGCCACCAGCAUGGCCAGCUCGCUGGCCUCGAUUGGCCAUUUCGACGCCGUCCGCACCAUCUCUGACCGCGCUGCCCCGAAUCCCGUCAAGAUCGUUGCCAAUGAGCUGCUGUUCAUCGGUUUGUGA